AUGUUUGAACAGCUCUGCACAGAAGCCUGCAAAGGCUUACCUGAAAGAGAUCAUGAGAAUGAAGCCUGGGCAAGGCUGGGUGUGAAACAAUACUAUUUCGAACAUUUUGAAGCUGAGAAGGAAAGGCAUGUGAAUGAAAGUACAACUGCGGCCAAGCAAACAGUAGAAGUCUCUGACAGGCAAGAUUUCCAAAAGGCAGAGAAGGCCCUCAUGGCUGAGCCAGACAAUGGCGAAGUGGUUUUUGGAAAGAAAAGCCACAAGGCUGAGGCAGCCGCCAGUGCAGGGGAAGAAAAGCCUGAGGUCUGUAUCGGUCGGGAAUUGGACGGCUCCACAUGGCUGGGUCGUCACGUGAACGAGGGUGCGAGAGCACCUGCUGUGGCUCGUGGGGCCGAUACUACUUCCUGGACAAGGCCUUUCCUGGACAUCGGCGAGGAGAAGCUGCUGCAGCCCGAGUGGUUGCUGGGACUACAAGGGAUCGAAGCAGGUCACGAUCUCACCGACGAGAUCGAAGGUCCCGAUCUCCCCGACGAGAUCAACGACAAGCCUUCAGUGAGAGAGGAUCUGAUAGACCGCAAGGACUUCAGUGACAAGUUGCAGGCGGUGCUCUCGCUUCACAUUGCCGACCACUACAUCCUGGACUUUGACAUCUGGGGUACUUUUUUGGAUUUCUAUUUGAACUUUGGACAGUUUGUGUUCAUUCGGAACUAUUUCAAGGUUCCACAAUUCUUCUUUUGUGAAGCCAUUGCCAACGUCCUCAUUCGGGAAGCCUUGCGCUAUGAGGAGUUCCGCGAGUGCUUGAUUCGCCUCAAGGAGGAAAAGAAUGGUGUUGAUCCUGAACGUGAUGGUUUUGGACUUCCAACGGUUGAUGAGGAGUCUGCCAGCGAGGGUCCUGACUCUGAGGCUCCAACUGCGAAUGCAAGCCCAGAUUCUUCAGAACGUCGAAAACGCUAUGCCCGGAUUCCUACGGAAGAUCCUGGCCAUCUGCAAGCCUCUCCACUGACGAGUGGCGAGAUGUUUUGGGCACUACGCAAGCACUACGAUGAUGAUUGGUCCUCUAUGUCUUCAAGCUCUUCCUGGGAUGAGUGGGGCGAUGAUGGAUGGUCGUCCUGGAAUGCGGCUCUGACUUGGAGCGAAGACCCAUGGUCUUACGACAGCUGGUGGCCUGAAGAUGGAGAAGAUGAAGCUGAUGCCAAUGCAGCUCAAGAAGGUGAUCCCAAUGCCUCAGAAGCCUCUGCAGCAGAAGCUCAAAAGAUGGAGCAACUUUUGGCUGAUGGUCGCAGUUGGAGUCAAGCUCAACGUGCAACGGCAGCCAUGAAGAAAGAUCGUGGUUUUGGCCGAGCAGCUUGCUUCAUUUGCGGCAGCACACAACAUCUUGCUCGAGAAUGUCCUGAUCGACUUUCUUCUCAUGGAGUUUCCAAGUCCAAGGGCAAGGGCAAGAAUCGUCUGCAGUACAUGGAGGAUGACUGGCAUGACUGGAUCUAUGCCAUGCAGAAGGGCAAGAGCAAGUCGAAGGGAAAGUCCUACAAGGGCAAGUCCUAUGAUCCCGGGACAGGGAAAGGGAAAGGAAAGGCACCUGUGAAUGCCUAUGCGCUGAACCACUAUGGUUUGGAGAUGGCGCUUCAGACCCAGCACAACGGCCCUGUGGAACAUGCCAUGCUGGCAACAAAGCAGGUGGCCACUCCGAGGAAGACACAGAUCCCUCGUGAGAUCCCACCUGGCAGUGGCAUGAUUGACUCUGGAGCUACAUGCUCUGCUGGACCUGAAACCAGUGUUCAGCGGCUGGUGACAAAGAUCAUGGAGGCCGAUGCAGCAGCACAGAUCCGCGUCGAGACAAAAGAUCAACCUCCUUUUCGUUUUGGUUCUGGCAAAUGGGGACAAGCCCUCUACAAGUUGACCGUUUCUUCAUCUAUUACGGGGAGUACACGCAGUUUUUCAUGUUUUGCACUUCCUGAUCCAGAAGAACGUCAUGAAGAUUGGUUUACCAUGGACAUGCUGGUUCCUGUUUUAGUAGGUAUGGACUGGUUGAAAGAAGCUGGAGCAGUUUUGGACUUCAACGAUGGUCAUUGUUUUCUUCCUUUGAUGAAUGGUGUGGUUCUCAACCUUCCUCAAAACCAAAAGGGUCACUACAUGUUGGAUGUUGUCGAAUACCUCACAGAUGGUCUCCGAAACUCCAAAGGUCAUGCUGCAGUACAUGUCAUGUUGGAAGAACCUGCUGAAAAACCAGAAGUCAUCAACGAUCACUCCAUUGAGUUUUUCCCAGUUCAGUUUUCUGACGUUUUUGUCUCUGAGAAUGCAAGCGUUGAUGGCAAGUUCAGUUCUUAUAGGGAACAGGUACCCCAUCAAGCCUUCGAGUACAUGGUGAAUCGACGGAUGAAGCUGUCCUCCAACAGCAGUGUUCGGCUCAUGGGUAACCGUUUGCCCUUCGCUUCAACCCCGACAACUUCCUCUCCAAGUAGCCAUGCCGAAGGACAAGGACAAGAGCGACAUGCAGCCUCCGGACGAAUCUCGUCGGAUGGAGGGAAAUCCUCGAGACCCACGGCAUCAACGAAGCCAGUGGCCUUGCAAGGGAACUCAUGUCCCAAGCAAGGAGAUGAGCAACAGGUCUUCUACCUCCUCCAGCAAUGCCUACCAGAAGAGCUGGUGCGCGCGAUGAUCGAGAAGGUGGUGGCCGAGGAGCGCAUCAAGACCAUGCUGAUGGACUUCGAGAAGACCAUGCAGAAGAACGUGGAGAAGAUCAACAAGGCCAAAUCGGCCGCGACAGCCGCAAAGGCAAAAGGGUAUGCUUCUCCGAUCCAAAGACCUCGAACUCCAACACCAGAGAAGGAGCGCCUCAUGCAGCUUGCGGCAGAACGGGCAAUUCAGCCGGUGAUCAAUGUGAACAUCAGCUCGGACACGGAGCUGGUAGUCUACCAGAAACCUCCAAUGCUUUGGGAAAUGUUCUGCAGUCCUGACAGUGAGCUGACCAAUCAAGCUCUCAAAGCUGGCUUGUGCGCCUACCGCAUCAACUUGGCGGGCGGCUUCGACCUGUACCGCAAGAACACCUAUGAUGGCUUACGUCAACUUCGACGUCGCCACAAGGCCAAGAAGUUUUGGAUCAGCACUCCCUGCACCUUCUACUGUGAUUGGACAGACCUCAACUAUCACAAUCGACGUGAAGUUCUUUUUGAACGACGUCGCAGGGAGAAAUCAAUGCACCUCAAGGUGAUGGACUUUGCAGAAGGAGCCUUGCUGGAAGAUGAGACUGCCGGGCUCUACUGGGAAUGGCCGCGAAUCUCUACCUGUGCCAAAUCGAUGGAUGGAUGCCGCUAUGGCAUGAAAGACUCUCAUGGCAACAUCAUCAAGAAGUCCUGGCAGAUCUUGACGACUGAUGUGGUCUUCUACACGAUGUUUCGCUUGAAGGUGUGUCUUCAAAACCAUGAACAUGCCCAAAUACAUGGACUUGAAACGACGCGCAGUGCUUACUACCCAACGGCACUUUGCCGAAGUAUUGCACAGCUUUGGCGUCGCACUUUGAUCCCUGACCGUUGGAUCAAGAUGCUUUCAACGGCACCUGUGGUGAUGGACCCCUUCAAGGAGCUCUGCGAUGGUGAUGAUCAUCAAGCCCAUCUAUGUUCUGGACUUCCUGAUGGCGACCUCUUCAUGGAAGAUGAUGAGAACGUGCCUGACGAUGCGGUGGUUCCUGCUGAAGUUCAACCUUCUGAACAAGAUCAACGAGCCUGGAAAGCGAAGCUGGAUCGCUUUCAUCGACAAGCUGGACAUCCCACUGCUCGCAACAUGGCGAGGAUGAUGGCUGAUGCACAACUCCCGAAGUGGAAGGUCAAGAUGGCCUUGGAGCAUGUUUGCCCUUACUGUCAAGAACAAAAAGGCGGUGGAAUUAGCUCCAAGCAGAUCAACCCAGCGAGCAUGCGAAACCUUCCUGGACCUUGGGAACAAGUUGGCAUUGAUGUCUCUGAGUGGGAAGUUCCUGGUGAAAACAUCAAGGUGAAGUUUGUCAUCAUGAUGGAUCUAUGCACCAAGUACAAGGUGACCGACGUCCUCUUCAAGAACAAGCAUGGCACUAUCAAGAAUGAGUCCGCCGAGGAGAUGAUCCGCAGUGUUUCUCUGAGGUGGCUUUCUGACAAGCCCAGACCUCGAAUCUUGGUUCCAGACAAUGCCAAGAGCCUCACAGCGAAGAAGUUUGUGGAUUACAUGUCAGACCUUGGCACCGAAGUGAUCUACCCACCGGAUCAUGAAUCCUGGGCUCAUGGACUUGUUGAACGUGGUCAUCAAUUGGUGAAAGAGACUGCUUCGAGGAUUCAUGCUUCCUCUCCUGACCAAGAUCCUGAGAUCAGCCUUGCACUUGCAACAGCAGCUGUGAACUCCACGGAGUACAACAGGGGAUACAGUAUCCAAUGGGCCUUUGGUCGACAAGCUGAGCUGACUGAUGAUGAGUUACGUCAGCAUCUUCAACUUCCAAUUGACCGUCAACAAGAUCAAUUUGCCCGACUUCUGACCAACCGACAGUCUGCUGAAGAGCAUGCGAGAAAAGCGAAGGCAGAUCAUGUGCUUUCAAGGAUCAAGAACACCACUGUGAAGCAGCCUCGUCGCAACUUCGGCCUUGCACAGCCUGUGAUGGUUUGGAGGAAGUUUUUGCCUCCGAAGUUCCACAAAGAAGCAACAAGUGCCAUCGAUCCCAACAAGUGGAAGCAACUCUCCGACAUCAUUCCCAAGAGGGAGUACGUCGACAUCGAGCACGAGCAGCCUGCGGAUGGUGAGACCGAGGAGUUUGACCUUCCUGAACAUCCACCUGAUGCCCGAGUUGGCCCUACUGGACCUAUGCCUCCGAUGCGAAUCUCUGGGAAGAAGAAGCCCAGCGAGCCUGAGCUCAUUGACCUGGACGAUGAAGACUUUGGCAACAUGCCUCAUGGUCCUCUUCGUGAAGAUCGCAGAUUUUCUACAACAUCUUCAACGCCGAUGAUGGAAAACAAAGAGCCCUACCUGGACUCUCCUGAAGAUGGUCUUCCUGAUCCAGUUCCUGAACCUGAGUCCAAGCGUGCCCGCUAUGAUGGCGAGGACGACAAGGAAGACAUGUAUAUGAAACACCUGCAGAUCUUCAACCAGAUCGACAGUGGCUAUUUGAUGGACAUCGAGCUGGACCUUGCUUCAAAUCGCCAAAAGAAGGCCUUUCAGAGAAACCCGAGCCUCUACCUGGCGAAGAAACUGGCUGGUUCAGAGGUGUGUUUUCGUCGCUUGAGUGCCAACGAGAAGGAGUUGUUCAAGCGAGCAAUGAACUCCGAAGUUUCGAGCUUCAUCAAGACAGAGGCAGUUCGCCGCUGUUUGAGCUUUGAAGAACAACAAGAAGCAAAGAGAAGUGGACGUGUUUUGAAAUCAAGAUGGGUAUUGGUUUGGAAAUCAGUGCCUGAGGAAUCGCGUGCUGAAGCACUUGCUAACGCCAGGGAGAAUGAGAACACAGUCCACAGCUCUGAUGGCACUCGCAAAGCAAAGGCGAGGCUAGUCGUUUUGGGCUAUCAACACCCUGACCUGUUGGAUCCGUCUCUAUAG